AUGUCAAAUAGAUAUAUUGAUGAAAAUGGUAUAGAAUAUGAAUACGAAGAAGUCGAAGUAGAGGUUGAUGAGGAUGGUAAUGAAAUUGAUCCACCACAAUAUGGAAGUGAAACUAUAGUAAUACCCAAUGGCACAAAUUUUCUAGAUUUACCAACGACAACUAAAACAUAUACAAAUAAUUAUAGUUAUAAUAAUACACACAAUAUCGAACCAGAGGAAGAAGAAGUAGAAGAGGAGGAGGAAGAAGAGGAAGAGGUGGAGGAGGAAGAAGAAGAAGGGGAAGAGGAAGAGCCUAAUGGAGAGGAAAAUGGUAAUAAUCAACAAAACUAUCACAAUAAACAACAUAAACAGCAUCAUAGAAAUAGUGACGAUGAUGACGAUGAAGUCGAGUUUGAAGAAGACGAAAGUAGAGUCGAUGAAAUCGAGCCAAUUCUUAAAUAUAAUAGAUUAGGUCAUGGUAUUACAGAAAUUUUAAAGAAGGAUUCAGCUAGUUGUAUGGCAAUUCAUCCAAAGUUUUUAGUUUUAGGUACACAUUGGGGUUCAGUUACCAUCCACGAUUUUGAUGGCAAUGAAAUUAAAAGAUAUGAUACCCAAAAUUCAACUAUAACAGAAAUUGUCAUUGAUCCAAAAGGAGAUUAUAUUGCAUCAUGUUCAGAAGAUGGUAAAGUUGUUAUAAAUCCAUUUGAUAAAUCUGGUGAACAAUUUAUUUAUAAUUAUACUAGACCAAUUACAGCAAUUGCAUUGGAUCCAGAAUUUGCAUCAAAAAAUACAAGACAAUUUGUAUCAGGUGGUAAACAAGGUCAAUUAAUAUUAAAUUCAAAAGGUUGGUUUAGAUCAAAAGAAACUAUUAUACAUUCUGGAGAGGGACCAAUUUAUGCAAUUAAAUGGUGUGGAAUCUUUAUUGCAUGGGCAAAUGAUCAAGGUGUUAAAAUUUAUGAUACAAGUACAAAUACACGUAUAGCACAUAUACCAAGAAAAGAUGGAAGUCCUAGAGGUGAGUUAUAUCGUUGUUGUCUUUGUUGGGAAAAGCCAAAUCAAUUAAUCAUUGGUUGGGCAAAGAAUGUCGAGGUUAUUCAAAUUACAGAAAAGGUAGAUAUGUCAACAGGUAGCACAAUUAAAAUUGCACAAAUUAUGAAUCAAUUCCAAACUAAAUAUUGGAUUAGUGGUAUCGCACCUUUUGCAGAGGAAUUGGUUAUUUUAGGUUAUAAUGACGCCACAACUAUUGAGGGUUCAGAUGAUCCAACAUCUUCAUCUGCCACACCAAAAGUUUUGAACACUAGUGGUAGUACCUCACCAAAUAAUAUUACAGGAGCAUGGAACCAAGGUCGUGUUGAUAGUGCAUCAAAACCUUCAAUUCACAUUGUAUCUAGAAAAACAAAUAGUUCAAUCACUACUGAUAACCUUAAUGUUAAUGGUUAUCAACACUAUAAAGCAACUGAUUAUCGUUUAGACUAUAACACCGACGAAUCAAUCUUUUAUAUAGUUUGUCCAAAGGAUGUAGUUGCUGCCAAACCAAGAAAUUUAGACGAUCAUUUAACAUGGCUUAUGGAGAAAUUAAAAUACGACGAAGCAUUGGACAUUGUAGAAAAAGAUAUGAAGACCAUUAAAUCAUUACCAGCAGCACGUGUUAGAGAGGUGGGUGAAAAAUACAUAGAUUACCUUUUAGAGAAAAAAGACAUUAGAAAAGCAGCUUCUUUGUGUCCAAAAAUUUGUCAACGUGACCCAGAGCUUUGGGAAAAAUGGAUUUUUAGAUUCCUUAAAUUGGGUGGUCUCCAACCAUUAUGUCCUUAUAUCCCAAUUGGCAAUCCAUCAUUAAGUUGUGCAAUUUACGAAAUGUUCUUAAAUCAUUUCCUUCAAAACGAUCCAGAUAGUUUCUUAAAAACUGUAACAGAAUGGCCAUCAAGUCUUUACAAUAUCCAAGCAAUUAUAGCAGCAGUCGAAGAUAAACACUCUAGACAACCAAACGAUACUAUUAUGAUUGCUUUAGCUCAACUCUACACCUAUGACAAUAACAUGGAAAAAACUUUAGAUAUUUACUUAAAACUAAAGAGAGGCAAUGUUUUCGAAUUACUUAAUCGUUUCCCAAAUCUUUAUAACAGUAUCCAAAACAAGAUUUCAUUAUUCAUCGACUAUAAUCAACAAGAGGCUAUUAAAUUAUUAGUUGCAAAUACCGACAAGAUCCCAAUCCCAAUUGUUGUAAAUCAGUUAAAUGACAAAAGAGAGUACUUGCAUCGUUAUCUUCAUACACUUUUCCUUAAGGAUGCUCAUAUAGCUCAUGACCAUCAUGAAAAACAAAUUCAAUUAUACGCAGAAUUCGAACCAACACUUUUAUUAUCAUUCUUAAAGAAUAGUGGUCAUUACUCAUUGGAACGUGCCUUGGAAGAGUGUUCAAAGAAGCAAUUGUACGAAGAAAUGGUUUAUCUUUUAGGUCGUAUUGGUAACUCUAAAGAGGCAUUAAAUUUAAUUUUAGACAAACUUCAUAGAAUUAAAGACGCAGUAGAAUUUGUAGAGCAACAAAAAGAUGAAGAGCUCUGGGAAUACCUCAUCAAGAAAUCAAUGAACAAUUCAUCAUAUAUCAGUGAACUUUUAGAAAAUAUCGGUUCAAAUGUAGAUCCAAUCAAAUUAAUUCGUUUAAUCCCUGAAAAAAUGGAAAUUGAAGACCUUCGUGAUCGUCUUGUUAAAAUUUUAUCAGAUUAUAAUCUUCAAAUGUCACUCAGAGAAGGUUGUAGAGAAAUUUUAAAGAGUGAUUGUGUAAAUUUAGAAGAGGCUCUUGUAGACUCAUUGAGAAUGGGAAGAGUUGUAGAAGAACAAACUAAAUGUGCUACUUGUAGCCAACCAAUUAUUCUUCCACGUCCAGAUAGCCCAAUUGUUUUAUAUUUCUGUAGUCACACCUAUCAUAGUAGAUGUCUUAAAACCAAUAAUGAUCUUAAUACAAGCUCACCCAAUUCAAUUCAAGCUCAGAAGCAAUUACCACAAGGUCAACAAUCAUCUUCACAUCACCAUUCAAAUUUAGAAAUAUCAUUUGGUAACUGUCCAAUUUGUGUACAAUCAACUCAAAUUAAAUUAGCAAAAAAUUCAAGAAAACUUGGUCAAUAA